CAUCUCUUCUCUCUCUGCUCCACAAAACCCUCACCUGAGCCCAACUUCAUUGCUCUCAAUUCCGCAAAGCACCUCGCCCCUUGUGUAGUUACCAUCGGACCGUUGACCACCACUCACUCGGUCGCCAUUCUUUUGAUUCCGGAUAGCACGGUGCUCCGCCAUGCCGAUAUGGCGACGGGGGAGGCGACGACAAUAGCAGGCGCGGCUGAGCUGGCCCUCAGCGACUUCCAGCGGUGCCUUCACCUGUCCGCACAACUCCAUCCACGAGAGUCUGCGUUGGUGGAAGAUCAACUUGCGAGAUUUUCCCUUUGGAUGUCCGAAAUCGGUGUCUUUGCGCGAGAACGAGCCUCUGUCGAUCACCGCCUUCGCGAGGCCCCGGAUGUUCGUGAUGCAGUCAUCGGCCUCUUGGAAACUCUUGCGGACAGCGUCCAAAACUGUUCGCUUACUCUACAGAGCAUACUAGACUCGCGAAAAGAGACGGCCGAAAGUCUUUCAAUAGCCGAAGCGAGGGUGAGCUCGUCCGUGCGAGCUAUUGCCGGCGAGAUCCAUCUACUCUACCGGCUCUCGAACACGAUUCGAAGAGCCGGCAGAGAAUCGCAAAACAUCAGGUGUUAGGACCCAUAGAGGGGUUACGUAAGGUGGCUUCCUUAAAAGCCCACUAUAGCAUAUACGAUUAGCCUAGCCUAGCCUCUCUAUUAUUAUUAUAUUAUAUAUAUAGACGAGCUAUUUAAUCUAUGCUAUAAGCCC